AUGAUGUCGACUGCGGCGACGGCACCAGCAGCAGCCUUAACUGUACUAAAGAAGUUUGCUGCGGUUCAGGCACCAUGA